CUUGAAAAAUUAUAUAACAAUCAUAAGAUAAAAAUAAGAGAAAAGAAGUUAGGAUAAAACUUGAUUUCGUAAGAUCUAAGAAUGGCAAAAUGGAGUGCGAUAGUUUUAAUAAUGAUGACGGUGAUUGCUAUUGCGGUCACAGCAGAAGCAAAAUAUGACAUAAACGUGUGGCUUAAAUGUUUUCGCAAAUGUUCUCAACCUUGUAAGCCUCACGAUGGUGAUUGUUUUGAACGUUGUAAAAUUCAAUGUGGUGGCCCAAACCCUCCUCACGGUUUCCCACGAACUUUACAUGGGAUGACAUUUGCGGAAGUUCGUGAAAAGAAAGAAAGAUAAAAAGAAUGUAUAGAAAGUCUGUGAUCAUGUCUGCAGUCUUAACUUCUUGUUAAAAUUGAAUAAAAUAGUGAUAAUAAUAUUAUUAUUUCUAAUUUAUG